GCGCGAUACGGCUCGACGACGUACGUUGCGAACGAAGAAGUGCUCCUCUUCGGUCCGAUCUCCCAAUAUCGUGGAAAUGAGGGAGAGUUUAGGAGCGAUCCUGCUGGCAACGUACCUGGCGAUCGCGAAGUCGGAACUGCUGGAGACGGUGGCGCAGUGGCCUCUCCUGGACUUCGCCCUGCCGUACGAUCCAGCGUACCUGGACCAGUUCAGGCCGGAAAACGUCGUUCCCACGGGAAUCGAGAUAGCAUGGCGUCGAAUUUUCAUCGCGACUCCCAGGUUGAGGGCCGGGGUCCCCGCGACUCUGAGCUACAUCCCCAGGGACCUUCCUCUGGGCAGCAGCCCUCAGCUCCAGGCCUAUCCCUCCUGGGACUGGCAUCCGGCCGGCAAGGGCGACACCAACUGUUCCGGCCUGGUGUCCGUCUACAGGAUACGAGCCGACCGGUGCAACAGGCUCUGGGUCCUGGACAGCGGGGUGCAGACGUCCAUCGACGACUUCCAGCCCGUCUGUCCUCCCAAGCUGCUCGUCUUCGACCUGCAGACCGAUCAGCUGGUCAGACGGAUCACCUUCCAACGCGAGGUCUUGAAGCCCAAUACCUUGUUGACGAACCUGGUGAUCGAUGACACCUCCGCGACGACCUGCGAUGACGUCUUCGUUUACAUGUCCGACACGACCGGUCCAGGGCUCCUCGUGUUCGACGGAGAGACCGACAGGAGCUGGAGGGUCCUCCACGCCUCCAUGUUCCCCGACCCCGACUACGCUACGUACCAGAUCGGCGGAGACACCUUCGAGCUCUUCGAUGGAGUCGUCGGAUUAGCCUUCUCCCCUCGUCUCGGGAUUCUGUACUACCAGCCCCUGGCGACGGAUCGGCUCUUCAGCGUGCCGACCUCGGCUCUUCAGGCCGGUCCUCCGCCCUUCGGAGAACAGCUGCCGGUUACCCUGGUGGGCAGGAAGUCCAGUCAGGGCAUGGGACUGGCCGUGGACCCCAGGGACGACACGAUUAUCUUCUCUCCUCUCUCCGAAACCGCCGUUGCCGCCUGGCAGCCGCAGACCAACGACCAGAGGAUCAUCGCGUACAGUCCGGAGCAGUUGCAAUUCACGGCCGAGGUCAGAUGGGUGGAGCGGGACCACGGCAACGUCUGGACCCUGGCCUCGAGGUUCCAAAAGUUCUUCAAACGUCAGGUCGACAACCGGGAGAUCAACAUCAGGAUCCUGAAGAUCCGACCCGAGGAGCAGGCCCCGGCACCCGCCUCCCUCUACCGCCAGAUAGACGCUCACUUCCCCCGUAACCUCUACAACAACACCCUGGCCUUGUGAGGACCGUGCCUCCU